AUGUUUGCCAAUAGACAAUUCCUCGCCUUUGCUCUAUGCCUUCAGGCGUCCAUGCUGGUUACAGCGCAAGACUAUGGCGGAAAGGUAUGGGGAGUCUUCGCAUAUACCAUACACGGCGAAAGCACUCCCACUGUCUUAACAGUCUCUCCUGGGUCCAAAGUUUUGACGGACUUUGGUGCCAAUCAGCUCCAAGCUGCCGGAUCAUCAUUCCGGGAUCGUUAUGUCCCGAAUUUCGAUGGGAACAGCAGCGAAACUGCAAUCAUGUACUUGACGCCGGGCUUCCUGAAUGCGAAAGACGUGAAUGUAUUCUCAAUGGCCGACCAAUACGUUUCUGCUUCUGCUCAGGCUUUCAUGCAGGGUCUGUAUCCUCCCCUCGGCGAUUCGAAUAUUAGCAGCUCAGAUUCGACUGGUAAUGCAACAAUUGAUAUGGCUCCAUUGGAUGGAUAUCAAUAUGCUCAUAUCGUCACACUGGGCGAGUCAGAUCCUAGCUCUGUCAUGGUGGACGGAUCUGCUAAGUGCGAUAUGCAUCAGACGGUCGAAGCUGAGUAUAACGCCAGCAGCGAUGCUAUGAGAAUCACAAUGGAGUCGGUGGAUUUCUAUAUUGGUAUUCUUGAUGAUGCUCUUAGCCAGGCAUUUGACGCAACCACUGCUACAUACCGAAAUGCCCCCGAGGUCUCUGAGUACAUGGACUACGAAGCUGUCCACAACAGCUCGUUCAUGGAAACCGUCAGUGAUAGCGAUCUGCGCCGAGCUCGGUGGCUGGCAGAUCAGUAUACAUAUGCAACGAAUGGCCAGGACUCUUCCGUCACCAGCAGCCUUUCCACGAUUGGCCCGGUAAACCCCAUCGCUGGUCAAACAUUAGCAUCCAGUUUGUUGAACGCGUUCGGUACGAAUAUUGAGCACUUCGGUACCCAUCAGCAGCUGACGCUGCUCUUUGGGAAUGAUGCACCUGCUGUUGCCCUGGCUUCUUUGAUGGGCAUGGCGUCCCAGCAGCAGUCCAACUUCUAUUCACGCCCGGCCCAAGGUGCUUCUCUGAUUUUCGAGCUCUACAGCUUCGAGUCUGAUGAGGUCUACCCGUCAUGGCCGGGAGCCGACAACCUAUACGUGCGUUUCUACCUGCACAAUGGAACAGAUUCCUCCACGGAGUUCGAAUCAUUCUCGUUCUUCGGCUACGGACCGAGCAUCGAGUACGUCCCAUGGACCGAGUUCAAGUCAGAGCUGGAGACCUUUGCAGUAUCUUCGACACAGGAGUGGUGCACAAGGUGCGAUGCACAAUCGAUCUUCUGCAAUGGUGUUCUCAAUAACGAUAAGCCCGCCCCAAAGAAGCAGAUGAAGCCUGCUGUGGCUGGUGUUAUUGGUGCCGUGAUUAUGCUGGCCAUCAUUGGUCUGCUGACCUCACUUGGGUUCUUGAUCUGCGGUUGUCGUAAACGCAAGAUAACUCACAAGACUAGUAUUGGUGGCUUCAAAGGCAAUGGAAAACUCGCUAGUGAUACGGACGUCACAUUCCGUAACCCUAUCUGGAGUGGCUCCAAGGCUGCGGGUGGUGAGGAGUCUGACGGUAUAGCAGGUGCCGUUGUUGGCCCCGGACAUGAGCGUUUGGGUAGUUGGGAGAUGGGACAGCAAAAGAAGGAACUUGGUCAGGCUGAUUCCGCCAAUAUGAAGAGCAAUCGCGUUCCUAUGUCGGUUGCAUGGAAUGAAAUAGAAGAAGAGUGGAGGAUUCAUAGCGGACUUCAGCCUGUCAAGGUCAGGGAGAGCGUUUGA